UUAAAGUUAUUCCCAAAUAGUAUUUGACGCUGAUUGACAACAUCUUCACAUACACUAUAUAUAAGGAUUCCAAGCCAAAAAAGCAACAAGCCUUUAGGAGAAAGGUUUUUAAGGAUAUCGCUUUUGCAACAAAUCUAACGUGUUUGAUGAUUCAAACACCGUACUCGAACCAAGCUUUUGUGGGAGAAAGCUUUUUGAGGAUCCAUCUCCAGCUCUCUGAGGACAAAAUGUUCUGAGGAUCUAGUGCUGAGGACCUAACAUGUAUAAAAACACCAAAACAAACUAGAGCAACAAGCUUUAGGGAGAAUAGUUUACGAGUAUAAUGUCUGAGGACUGGAUGAGGAUUAUGAUAGUAAGAAUUCUGUAGGAGACAUGUUUUAAGGAUCUUUCCCCCGAGGACAAAAAAGAACUUUUUGGGAGGAAGGCAAAGGCUUUUUAGAAGGAUCUUUCUCGAAGGACGAGACUUCAGAGUCGAGUAUGGAGGUGGACGAAGCAUUAGAAAGCCUUGGGAAGUAUGGAGUCUGGCAGCUGUGGCAUUAUGGCCUGUUUGCCUUGGCCAUGAUGAUUCCAAUUUGCCUUCAACUCCUCGGAAUCAUUUUCAUUGGAGCUGUUCCUCCCCACCACUGUCGAGUUGAAGACAACUCUUCGCUGGUCUAUGUCGAGAAGGAGGGGGAGCUAGUCAUAGACAGCUGUCACAUGUUGGAUUAUAAUGCUACUAACGCUACCGCCGGUCAGAACGCUUCUACCGUGGCUUGUAAAGACGGGUGGGUGUAUGAUGAGAAGUUUGGAAAUACCAUUGUCUCUCAGUGGGAUCUCGUGUGUGGAGACAAUUACCUAUCAGAAUUAAGUCAGACGUUAUUUGUUGUUGGUAUGCUCACGGGAAAUCUUGUCAUUUCGCCCCUAGCGGACAAAUUCGGCCGAAAACCUGCCCUCCUCCUCUGCCAUCUCAUGCUGGCCGUCGUCACCUUCAUUGGGGCUUUUUCGCCCAAUUAUUCCACUUUUGCCGUUUGUAGAGUGUUACAAGGCUUUAUCGGCACGGGUAUCCUCUCCACCGGUCUUAUAGCUGCCUGUGAGCUCUUCCCCACCAACAGGCGAACCUUUGCUGGCAUUGUCGUCGAGUUCUUUUGGGCGUUUGCCAUGUUUUUCCUCUGCUUUCUGGGAUACAUGAUUCGAGAGUGGCGCCACCUACAGAUUGCCAUCGCGCUCAUUCCUGCACUCAGCUUGUCAGGAUUCUGGCUGUGUCCCGAAUCUAUUCCGUGGCUAGUUGCAAACAACAGGGCGAGACAGGCAGAGAAAAUACUCCAAAAAGCUGCUAAGAUAAAUAAAUUAGAUCUACCUCCGGUCAUAUUAAAGGCAGCAAAGAACGAGAAAAUCAUAAAUCAAUCAGAUGAUGACGAAAGAUCUCCAGAUGAGAAGUUGGGGAGCAAACAAUUGUGCGAUUGUAAGGAAUGUAUGGGGGAGUAUUUCACUCUGGUCACCAACAGAAAACUUAGGAAGAAUACUUUGAUACUGUUUUCUCUUUGGUUUGUCAACAGUCUUGUUUACUUCGGUCUUCAGUUUACAUCAGUGACACUGACUCCUAAUCGUUUCCUCAAUUUCUCCCUCAACGCCCUCGUCGAGAUUCCGGCAGCCAUUUUGAAUAUCUAUUUUCUCCAGAGGGUUGGUCGUCGUCUGCCGCUGUGUGUGUUUCACUUCCUUGCGGGUCUCUUCCUGGUCGCCCUGCUGUUCGUGCCCCGGAAGACGCCAUCGGGAGACAGUCUGGUCUGGCUCAUCGUCACCCUCAACAUGCUGGGGAAGCUAUUCAUCACUGCAUCGUUUAAUACAAUCAUCCUUUACACCCCGGAGUUAUUCCCGACAAAUCUAAGGAAUACUGGUUUCGGGAUAACAAGUUUUGCAAGAGUUGGUGGGAUGAUUGCUCCAUUUUCAACAUUAGCGGCUCGCACCAUCUCGUGGCUUCCCGGUGUGGUAUUUGGCGCUCUCUCUGUGGGCGUAGGUUUGCUCUCCCUUUGCCUACCGGAGACGCGCCAUCGCGCUUUGCCGCAGACCGCAGAGGAAUUGGACCAAUGGGAUGAGGAGGAUUGCUUCUCUUGUUGCCGGAAGCGGAAGGAGAGAGGAGGCAGAGGUGGUGAGGAAUCGGGGGCAGGCGAUGAACCUGUAACUGAUAAGCUGAAACUGAGGAAAUUCCCAACACCGAGCAAAGAGGAUGAAAUAGCAUAACGUGGUCUCUGUCAUUGGACUAGGAGGUGUUUCAAGCUGAAAUUGAUGCGCCAGAAGCAUGUCGGGAACUCUAGUCGCUCAAUCUUUGUCGUAACACUGAGAAAGUAGUAGUGAUGCCGAUGUUUCAGAUUCACGAGUAAAAUUAGUUUUGUUGGAGAGAGUCGAAAAGAAUAGACUCGACGACUGUGUAUUUAAUGAUGUUAUCGCAGUAUGAUGAUAUUUAUACAUCAUUAUGUACCAUUAUGUACGAGUCAUGUAAUAAUACAAAGUAUAUUGCC